ACCGUGUAUGGUGUGCCUGCUUCUUCUCCUUGCCACGGCCACCGCUUUUGGUUAUUUUUUUUUUAGCCAAUCACAAAAACAACAUAAGCAGAUAGAUCACACUUGUGUCUGAAAUUCUUUUCUCCUCUGCAUUUGCUCUGUGAUUCUCUUUUUGGCUUUCUAGAAGUCUUGAUCUUAAAUCAAAACCGAUGGUGAAAGAUACUACCUAUUAUGAAAUUUUGGGUGUCAAUGUGGAUGCCUCUGCCGCAGAUAUCAAGAAGGCUUACUACCUCAAGGCAAGGGUAGUUCAUCCAGAUAAAAAUCCUGGUGAUCCAAAGGCUGCAGAAAAUUUUCAGAAACUUGGAGAGGCAUACCAGGUCUUAAGUGAUCCUGAGAAGCGGCAAGCAUAUGACAAGCAUGGAAAGGAAGGAAUACCACAGGAUUCCAUGUUAGAUCCUGGAGCUGUCUUUGGAAUGCUAUUUGGGAGUGAGUUUUUUGACGAUUAUGUUGGCCAACUUGCACUGGCUACAUUAGCUUCUGUUGAAAUUGAGGAAGACACGCAAGAUGCUGAAAUCCGCAAACAGAGAGUUCAGGAGAAGAUGAAGGAACUGCAGAAAGAGAGGGAAAUAAAGCUCGUAACAAUUCUGAAAAAUCGCCUUGAACCAUUUGUUGAAGGUCAAGUGGAUGAGUUCAUAAAUUGGGCAAAUUCAGAAGCUCGUCGCCUCUCUGCAGCUGCAUUUGGUGAGGCGAUGCUGCAUACCAUUGGCUACAUUUACACGAGGAAAGCUGCUAAAGAGCUUGGAAAAGAUAAAAGGUAUAUGAAGGUACCAUUUUUAGCAGAAUGGGUGCGAGAUAAGGGACACCAGAUAAAAUCACAAGUAAUGGCAGCUUCAGGUGCUGUUUCUUUGAUUCAAAUACAGGAGGAUCUAAAGAAGUUGAACCAAACAGAAAACAACGAGGAGAAUUUACUAAAAGCCAUUGAGGAUAGGAAGGAUGCUAUGCUUCAAUCCCUUUGGCAGAUCAAUGUGGUUGAUAUUGAGUCAACUUUGUCACGUGUCUGUCAAGCUGUGCUUAAGGACCCUAGUGUGUCCAAGGAUGUUCUGAGGUUGCGGGCCAAGGGAUUGAAAACGCUUGGAAUAAUCUUUCAAGGUGCCGAAUCUGCUUACAGCAGGGACAACAGCCUGCGCCAUGAAAGUGACAGGAUAGGAGCUGGUCCUGGUUCGUCAUCAUAGUCGUACAUUGGAUACCACUUAUCAUGUUCUCUGUAGAUGCAUAGUCUUUGAAAAUGUUUGGUUUUGUAUCUGUAGCUUCAUACCCUUCUGUUGACCUGUGAACAUGGAGGCGGCUACCAGUUGUGUUGUUUAGGAAUGAUUUCUUAAUUAAUUUUGGUCCAUAUAGACUUUAGGAUACUGCAAAGGUGUUUAAUGUUUGAUGCCAAGCAAGAUUUGUAAGGCAGACAAAUUGCAGUGUUGAGCUGCUCUCUGUUUGAAAAGUGCCUGAGAGUUUUAUGCA